GGUGCAAGUGUGAGGUGUCGCUGUGUCCCCAGUGUCACCGUUUCCCAGCCGAAGAUGGGAUGGAUAAUUAAGCAUUUAAUGAGUUUUCCUGCGCUGCCUUCAGCCCGUUCCCCUCAUGAGCCCCCCCUAUUCAGAACCGCUCAGUUCAGGUCGGUUCUCCCUCACGCUGCAUCGACAUUGCUGUACUGGCCGUUCCCCUCAUGUGACUUGUUUGAAUAUCGCUCUUUAUUCGACCGGACAGCGGGAAUUUAACCGGUUUAUGCGUUAAUUAAUUAAUUAACGCCUGCGGUGACGGCUGCACUCCCACCUCUGUGUGCCGGGUUUACACCCAGGGCCGCACGGCCAGAGCCGGGCAGUUAACCCGCCGCGCCGCCGCCGAACGAACCGCUCAAUCAACGGCUCAUUAGCGAUUUUUUUUUUUUUUUUUUUAAUUACUUCCCCGGCGUCAUCGCCGCGCCCGCCGCGGAAGUGACGCGUUGGAGCCGCGCUGGUGGCAGGGCCCGGUGGCGGCGGCGACUUUGUUUUUUUAACUCAAAUGGGUGAUGAAAAGGAUUCUUGGAAAGUGAAAACUUUAGAUGAAAUUCUCCAGGAGAAGAAGCGAAGGAAGGAGCAAGAGGAGAAGGCAGAGAUAAAACGUAUGAAAAAUUCAGAUGACAGGGAUUCCAAGCGGGAUUCUCUUGAAGAGGGGGAGCUGAGAGACCAUCGCAUGGAAAUAACCAUCAGAAACUCACCUUACAGGAGGGAAGACUCCAUGGAAGACAGGGGAGAAGAAGAUGAUUCCUUGGCUAUAAAACCACCCCAGCAAAUGUCCCGGAAAGAAAAAACCCACCAUAGGAAAGAUGAGAAGAGGAAAGAGAAGCGCAGGCACCGAAGUCACUCUGCAGAAGGGAAACAUGCCAGAGUGAAAGAGAAAGAACGGGAGCAUGAGCGUAGGAAGAGACAUAGAGAAGAGCAGGAUAAAGCCCGGCGUGAAUGGGAGAGACAGAAACGGAGAGAGAUGGCAAGGGAGCAUUCCAGGAGGGAGAGAGAUCGUCUGGAGCAACUGGAGAGAGAAAGAGAGAGGAAAAUCCGGGAGCAGCAGAAGGAACAGCGGGAGCAGAAGGAGCGGGAGAGGCGAGCGGAGGAAAGGCGGAAGGAGCGGGAAGCCAGGAGAGAAGUUUCUGCUCACCAUAGAACAGUGAGGGAAGAAUAUGGAGACAAAGUAAAAAUGAGACCCUGGAGUCGCAGCCCUUUACGCCAGCAGAGAGAGAAGCUUGAGCAAGGAGAGAGCAGGAAACCAGCAGUGAAAGAAGAGAAACCAGAAGAGAGGGAUCCUCUUUCUGACUUGCAAGACAUCAGUGACAGUGAGAGAAAAACCAGCUCAGCAGAGUCUUCCUCAGAAUCAGGGUCAGGCUCAGAAGAGGAGGAAGAAGAGUCCAGCAGUGAAGGUUCUGAGGAGGAAGGAGAGGAGGAGGAGGAGGAGGAGGAGGAGACAGGCAGCAACUCUGAGGAGGUGUCUGAGCAAUCAGCAGAAGAGGUGAGCGAAGAGGAGAUGAGUGAAGAGGAGGAGCGGGAGAACGGCAACCACAUCCCAGUUGUUGCAGAGUCGAGGUUUGACCGGGAUUCGGCGGGAAGCGAAGUGGAGGAGGAGGAGGUCGGGGAGGGAUCCCCUCAUUCCAAUGCCAUGACAGAAGGGGACUACAUUCCUGACUCCCCAGCUUCCUCUCCCAUUGAACUGAAGCAGGAGCUUCCCAAGUACCUCCCUGCACUUCAGGGCUGUCGCAGCGUGGAGGAAUUCCAGUGUUUGAACAGGAUUGAGGAAGGAACGUAUGGGGUGGUGUACAGAGCAAAGGACAAGAAGACUGAUGAAAUUGUGGCUCUGAAGCGGCUGAAGAUGGAAAAGGAGAAGGAAGGCUUUCCCAUUACUUCUCUGAGGGAAAUAAACACUAUUCUGAAAGCACAGCACCUGAACAUUGUCACUGUCAGAGAAAUUGUUGUGGGCAGUAACAUGGAUAAAAUCUAUAUUGUCAUGAACUACGUGGAGCACGACCUCAAGAGCCUGAUGGAAACAAUGAAACAGCCAUUUCUGCCAGGUGAAGUGAAAACCUUGAUGAUCCAGUUACUGCGAGGGGUCAAACACCUCCAUGACAACUGGAUCCUGCACAGAGACCUGAAAACCUCCAACCUGCUGCUCAGUCAUUCAGGCAUCCUAAAAGUUGGAGAUUUCGGGUUGGCCCGGGAAUAUGGGUCUCCUCUGAAGCCCUACACCCCCGUGGUGGUGACUCUGUGGUACAGGGCUCCAGAGCUGCUGCUUGGAGCCAAGGAGUAUUCCACGGCCAUAGACAUGUGGUCAGUGGGGUGUAUCUUUGGGGAGCUGCUGACACAGAAGCCGCUGUUCCCGGGCAAGUCAGAGAUUGACCAGAUUAACAAAGUUUUUAAGGAUCUGGGUACUCCCAGUGAGAAGAUCUGGCCCGGGUACAACGAGCUGCCAGCAGUGAAGAAGAUGACCUUCACAGAGUACCCCUACAACAACCUGCGCAAGAGAUUCGGGGCUCUGCUCUCCGACCAGGGCUUCGACCUCAUGAACAACUUCCUGACAUACUACCCUGCUCGGAGGAUCACGGCAGAGGACGGGCUCAAGCACGAGUACUUCAGGGAGACCCCCCUGCCCAUCGACCCCUCCAUGUUCCCCACCUGGCCGGCCAAGAGCGAGCAGCAGCGCGUGAAGAGGGGCACGAGCCCCCGGCCCCCCGAGGGAGGGCUGGGCUACAGCCAGCUGGGUGAUGAUGAUCUGAAGGACACAGGAUUUCAUCUGACCACCACCAACCAGGGAGCAUCUGCUGCAGGACCUGGCUUCAGCCUCAAGUUUUAAACUCAAGGUGAAAGAGAGAGGAGGGAGGAAAAAAAAACCCCACAAAGAAAAAGAAGCACCAUUCAUGUCAGUGGAUUUGAGUGCCCCCAGGUCUGUUCUUCGUGUCAGGGGGACGAGAUGGGUUUUUUUUUUUCCUUUUCCCUGCGAAAAACUCAAAGGUUAUCACAGAUUCCAAGGCUCUGUUUCAUAAACCCAUGUGGAGUUUAACUGCUGCAUUCCAUGAGAGGACUGGAGUUACCUGAAAACCCCAGGAUCAUCACAAACUGUGACAAAGGACAACUUGAACUACAGUCCUGGAACAGUUUCUGGUUUCUUUUUAGUUUUGUUUUGUUUUUUUUGUUGGGUUUGUUUUGGUUUGUUGUUUUUGUUGGUUUUUUUUUCUCCUUGUAAAUUUGUAGAAUUAAAACACAUUUUCAAUUGUUUAA